AUUUUUGGUGUUAGCCUACUCACUGCCCAACAUGGUUCGAAAGGACCCGAUCUUUGAGGCUCGUACCAAUGUCAAGCUGCACUCCAAUCGCUUGAAAAAAGAGUCUGCCCGUGCCGAAGCGACGUUCAAAUCUGAGAAGGCGAAGGCCGACAAGGCAAUGAAAAAUAGAGAGUUUCAAAUCGCUCGCAUUCAUGCCGCAUCUGCUGUACGUGAGAAGAGAAGGCAAGUGACUCUCCGAGCCGAGGCUGCUCGCGCAGAUGUCAUCAUCAACGAACUCAAGGCAGCACAAAGUACGCGAGAUACCUCCCGGACUCUUGCCUUAGCUUCAAGGGGGCUGGAUGCGGCUUCGAAAAGUGUCAACCUAGAGAAUCUGGUCUCACACGCAAACAAUUUUCUGGCUCGCUCCGAGGAUUUUAAAAUAGCAAGCAGUGCCAUAGAGGAUGUCGCCCAGGGUGUUUCGAUGCAGGAAUACGGUGCGGAGGGUGAGGCCGAUGUUGAUCGCUUGAUGGAACAACUUGCAGACGAUGCCGGCGUAGAUCUGCGCAUAGCAUUAGAGCAAGAUGCUGCUCCUCGUGAGGAAGUCAGGGAUCAGAAGCAAGUUGACUCGGAGUUGGAGGAUGGUCUGGGGGCUAGACUAAGAGCUCUACGGGCAGCAAACUAGAUGUGACUCUGUAUGGUCUAUACUCCGUUUGUUUUGUUUUGUUCUUGUGUCUUGAACUUUGAGCAAUAUGUGUUGACGCGAACACGGUGGAGGCAAGUGGCAUUUUCAUUAUUACUGGUCAGGCUUGUUGUUCAGAUUGCUGCUUUGGGUGUUGACCGGCUGCUUCUUAUUUCAUCUUCAUCAAGCGAUAUCCUAAAGGGCUUCGACACAGAGCAUAUGGCACGAUGACCUGUCAUAUAUCGAUCAACAACCAGGCCAUACAAUCUAAUUCAUGGCCGAGCCAUGUUUAUUUACUGAUUCAUUUCGAU